UCUGAGAAAAAGAGAACGAAGUAUUGUUCCUGUUCUCUUUCUUAAGUCAUUUGAAACACUGUCCCUGUGAGUUCUUUAAGUUCCUUGCAAUCUGUACACAAGAGAAAGAGGGAGAGAGAGAGGGAGAGGCACAGAGAGAGCGAGGGAUCAGGUAAAGCGCGGGGGCUGCUGCAGCCACUCACUCAGGAGCGGGAAAAUUGCCAAGGAUGCAGAAGGAAAUGAAGAUGAUCAAAGAUGAGGAUGUGCAUUUCAGUUUGGGUGUGAAGAGGUCCCCCUCCUUUCCCCACUGCCUGCAGCCAGUGGCUUCCCGAGGGAAAGCUCCCCAAAGACACCCCUUCCCAGAAGCUCUCCGGGGGCCCUUUUCCCAGUUCCGCUAUGAACCCCCUCCAGGAGACCUUGACGGAUUCUCGGGAGUCUUUGAAGGAGGAGGGUCUCGGAAGCGGAAGAGCGUGCCCACCAAGAUGCCCUAUAACCACCCCUCUGAAGAAGCCACUCUCGCCCUCCAGUCCGAGGAGAGCAAGACCCACGGCCCCCCGAACUUCCCUCUACUGUUCCCGCAGCCCCCGCGCCCCAAGUACGACUCGCAGAUGAUCGACCUGUGCAACGUGGGCUUCCAGUUCUACCGCACCCUGGAGCACUUGGGGGGCAAACCCGUCAAGCAGGAGCCCGUGAAGCCCAGUGCCGUGUGGCCCCAGCCGACCCCGGCUCCGUUCCUGCCCGCGCCCUACCCAUACUACCCCAAGGUCCCUCCGGGCCUCAUGUUCCCCUUCUUUAUGCCCUCGGCCUCCCCCUUCCCCUUCAGCCGGCACGCCUUCAUGCCCAAGCAGCCCGCAGACCCGCUGCUGCCGCGAAAGGCUGAGCUCCAGGAGAGCGAGGAGACCAAGCAGAAGGUGGAGAGGGUGGACGUGAACGUCCAGAUCGACGACAGCUACUACGUGGACGUGGGCGGGGCGCAGAAGCGCUGGCAGUGCCCCAACUGCGAGAAGUCCUACACCUCCAAGUACAACCUGGUGACUCACAUCCUGGGCCACAGCGGGAUCAAGCCGCACGCCUGCACCCGCUGCGGGAAGCUCUUCAAGCAGCUCAGCCACCUGCACACCCACAUGCUCACCCACCAGGGCACGAGGCCCCACAAAUGCCAGGUGUGCCACAAGGCCUUCACGCAGACCAGCCACCUGAAGCGCCACAUGAUGCAGCACAGCGAGGUGAAGCCGCACAACUGCCGCGUGUGCGGCCGGGGCUUCGCCUACCCCAGCGAGCUCAAGGCCCACGAGGCCAAGCACGCCAGCGGGCGGGAAAACAUCUGCGUGGAGUGUGGCCUCGACUUCCCCACCCUGGCCCAGCUGAAGAGGCACCUCACCACGCACCGCGGUCCCAUCCAGUACAACUGCUCCGAGUGCGACAAGACCUUCCAGUACCCGAGCCAGCUGCAGAACCACAUGAUGAAGCACAAGGACAUCCGGCCCUACAUCUGCUCCGAGUGUGGCAUGGAGUUCGUGCAGCCUCACCACCUGAAACAGCACUCUCUCACCCACAAGGGUGUGAAGGAGCACAAGUGUGGGAUUUGCGGCCGGGAGUUCACUCUGUUGGCCAACAUGAAGAGACAUGUGCUGAUCCACACCAACAUCCGCGCCUACCAGUGUCACCUCUGCUAUAAGAGUUUUGUCCAGAAACAGACCCUCAAGGCACACAUGAUCGUCCACUCUGAUGUGAAGCCUUUCAAAUGCAAGCUGUGUGGGAAGGAAUUCAACCGAAUGCACAACCUAAUGGGCCACAUGCACCUGCACUCUGACAGCAAACCCUUCAAGUGCCUCUAUUGCCCCAGCAAAUUCACCCUGAAGGGGAACCUGACACGCCACAUGAAAGUCAAACACGGGGUCAUGGAGCGAGGCCUCCAUUCUCAAGGUUUUGGAAGGGGAAGAAUUGCCCUGACCCAGACCACAGGAGUCCUGAGGAGUCUGGAGCAAGAGGAGCCCUUCGACCUGUCCCAGAAGCGCCGGGCAUUCCAGUCCGAUGGGGACAGCGCCAGGGGCAGCUCCUGCCACGAAGAGGAGGAUGAGGACAACUGCUACGAGGUGGAACCGGACAGCCCGGGCCUGGCCCCCCAGAGCAGGCAGCUCUGCGUGCCCCAGGAUCUCUCCACCAAGCCCCAGCCGCCCACCAGGGCACUCCGGGAAGCCUGUGAGGAGGAGAGGGAGGAGGAGGAGGAGAAGGAGGAGGAGGAGGAGGAGGAGAAGGAGGAGGACGACGUGCAGAAAGAAGACCGCCCGGAGAAGAGCAAGGGCAGCCUUGGGGCGGAGGGUGGCCAGGAGAGAGAUGGCACCCGCAGAGAUGAGUGUCCCCGCCUCAGGGCACUGCAGAGCUCCCGGCGGGGUGCCUCCUUCUCUGAUUACUUGUACUUCAAGCACAGAGAUGAGAGUUUAAAAGAAUUACUGGAGAGGAAAAUGGAAAAACAAGCAGUGCUUUUAGGUAUCUAAGUGGACAGUUUUAGAAUUCCAUUUGGGAAAUGAGAAGUAGGCUGUUCAAAUAUAGCUUUGUGCACGAACUGUCAUUUGCUGGAGACUGGCGCAUGGCGCGCAGCUUCACAAAGGGUUCAGACUAAAUGAUCAGGGACCCUCCGUCCUCAGUGAUGUGAAUGCUUCUCAGGUCAUUCCCGGGCCCUUGAUUUUUAUAACACACAGGCAGGGUCUUCUUCAGUGUUAUUUUAUGCACCUCCAAUAUAAUAAGCUGUACAUAUAGAUAUCUAGUUGUAAGCUGAUGCUGACAGAGUAUAGAAGCUCUAUUUUUCCUUGACUAAUAUACAAUACAUGGUAAAUUUCUUUAGAGCUGCAAAAAUAUGGUGCUUGACAUGUUACCUUAUUAAUGACUAUUUAGUUGAAUGUGUGAAAGUUAUAAUAUUUUUCAGAUAGAUGAAAAUAUGAGUAAUUGUAUAUAUAAAAAUUGCCUUUAUUAAAAAAAUAAAAAAUACCAGAAAUGACACAGGAGGGUGAGUUAUUGAAA